ACUCCCUCUGUCAACUCCUCCUCAUCACCAAUGUCCAAGCUCUACGACCAGUGGGUUUCCAUGGCCAUCGCCGACGACACCCUCGUCGCACACCAGCUCCUUCUUCUCCGGUGCCACCAUCUCUCACCCGUCAAUCCCUGGACCUGCCGUCAGCGCCGAACCACCAGGCUCCCCGUCGCCGCCGACCGUGCCAGUCCCACCACCCCCCUCACCUGGAUCGCCGCCACCUCCCUUGACGGUUUCGAGGGUUCCACUCGCCCAAUCGCACCAAUGCGAUCCUCAGAGCCUAAGACUUCGGAUAAAACUGCAACUUUCGCUGAUGAGACUAAAAGUUCUUCCUCAAAGAAGAAAAGAACUCUCGCUCACCUACGAAGGCUGGAACAAGAGAAGAAAGACGAAGGGAAGAAUUUAAGAGACGAACUAGAAGCCACAUAUCUCAAAUAUGAUAGAAGAAUAGCAGAAGGCGAAAGGUUAAAGAAAACAAAGAAGGAGUUGUGGUCUCGGAAACAAGAUCAUAUUGUUGAGAACGAAUCACCUGCUUCCGACGACGGAAAGAGCGGUGGCCAGCAACCUCGAAUAUUCUUACCCGAUCUGAAUGAAGCUCCGGUGGAGAGCUGGAAAGUUUAUGAGGGAAGAAAGAAACGAAUGGCUAAGGGCGACGGGGAAGGAGCCGAACGGUUAAAAGCAGCAGGGACGACCGAUCGGUCACAUGAAGGGGGAGCAGCAGGGAACAAUCGGUCACAUGAAGUGGGAGCAGCAAGGACCGAUCGGUCACAUGUAGGGGGAGCAGCAGGGAACGAUCGGUCACAUACAGGAGGAGCAACAGGGAACGAGCGGUCAAAUGAAGUGUGA